AAAAGAGAAUCUAGGACUUACCACCACCGCGGCCACCACCGCGUCCACCACGGUCACCACCACGGAAGUUGCCUCCCCCGCGACCACCGCCUCUUCCACCGCGCUCAAAGCCCAUUAUGACGGUUGGUUAUGUCUGUAAAUCGAAUAUAAGAUCGUCGUGGGUAUGUCUGUCGACGCCGAAUCAGAUGUGUUGCGCAAAGAGUUGUUGAGGACACAAUGGGUUGAUUUGCGCGGCUCUGUCGAGAUGCUCAAAGAGCUUGUUGGAGCUGGAUGCAAAAUUUCCUAACACCCCAGAAAAAAUGAGUGGAGCACCGAUCAACUUUUUGUCGCCUCGGUGGUGGAUUCUUCCGACAUUCUGAGUGGCUGGGCAUCUUGCUGUGAACCUGGUAGAGAUCCGUGCGGUAUUGUUAUCGUCUUAUCGGCUUGGUGGGGCUGCAAGUGGGAAAGUUUUCUGCACUUGCCAGCCGCCAAGAUUUUCUUCUGCCUCAGGCCAACACCGCUCCCGCACAAGCCAAUCGAACACCACCCACCGAGCCCUAAUCGCGAAAUUGAAUUUGGCUCCAAAAUUUGGUAACCGUCAUUCCUUGAACAUCACCAAAUUCGGCCGAUCUCGCCUCUAAUCGACAAGCAGUCAAGAUGGUUCGGUACGCUGCGACUGAGAUUUCCCCGGUGAAGUCCGCCCGCUCCCGUGGCUCUUACCUCCGUGUUUCUUUCAAGAACACCCGCGAGACUGCCCAGGCCAUCAACGGCUGGAAGCUCCAGCGCGCCCAGACCUUCCUCCAGAAUGUCAUUGACAAGAAGGAGGCCGUCCCUAUGAGACGCUACUGCGGCUCCAUCGGCCGUACUGCUCAAGGCAAGCAGUUCGGUGUCACCCGUGCCCGCUGGCCCGCCAAGUCCGCCGAGUUCCUCCUCGGUCUCCUCAAGAACGCCGAGUCCAACGCCGACUCCAAGGGUCUUGACACUGGCAACCUCGUUGUCAAGCACAUCCAGGUCAACCAGGCCCCCAAGCAGCGCCGCCGCACAUACCGCGCCCACGGUCGCAUCAACCCCUACAUGUCCAACCCCUGCCACAUCGAGCUUAUCCUCACCGAGGCUGAGGAGACCGUCGCCAAGUCCGAGGCCGUUGUCCGUGAGGAGCACCUUAACAGCAGACAGCGUGGCGUUCGCGUCCGCCAGGCCCUCACUGCCGCCUAAACGGUUGGCCGUGUGGUGAUGUUCGGGACGUCGGGGUAUCUUUUGACUGGGGCUUGAUUUUUCCGGAAACGGUGUACUGCAAGCAUGGCAUUCUUUCGGGUCAGGGCUACGAUUCCAGAGGAAAAAGGAGUCGGUCACGAAUACUCAAUAAAAACAAUUGAGAAACCAUGAACGCGGGAAACGGGGUUAUGAAAGGCGCAAACCGAAUUUUAUUUGCUUGACUCGACUCUCGGCCGAGGCUGCCUUGCCCGUUUGAUAGCUGAAGAUACCCAGCGUCUCAGUCAUCUUGCGUCUCUCAUCCGUGUGAAGCGACUAUGCAUGCCGUGGUGCUGUGGAGGGCAGUUUGGGGCUGUAGUGAUACCAUAGGGUGAUUCCUAACCAUUGAGCUUGUCGAACAUAUCUGGG